UAAUGAGUUGUUACUAAUCGGCCUAGCUGUACGGACGUGAUCCUGAUGUAAAGGACAACUAACAACUCCAACUGUAGAAGCUAUACGGCGCCAUACAAGGGGAGGAAUGUGGAGAAUCCCGGCACAAGAACAAGCUACACGAAGAGUCCCGAGUGUUCCGAAUGGCAAGCUAUGGACUAAUGAGUUGUUACUAAUCGGCCUAGCUGUACGGACGUGAUCCUGAUGUAAAGGACAACUAACAACUCCAACUGUAGAAGCUAUACGGCGCCAUACAAGACUGACCAUAUUUUAAACAUCAUAGAAGAUUACUGUCGGAAGGAUGAUGACAUUUCUGUGAACGUAUACUAUAAUGGCGGGACAUAUAGUCAAAUGAAAUAUUGGUUAGGACGGAGGAAAAAUGAAGUCACGUGGCAGCAACAGGCAAACGGCGGCCUAGGAAACAAACUAUCAAGUGCAUUCAAAGACAGCUUUAAAAGGAACUCAAAACACACAAUAAUUAUAGGUAGUGAUAUUCCUGGAAUAAAUUCAAAUGUAAUAUCAGAAGCAUACCACAAACUACAGAAUGGAUCUGACAUGGUGUUAGGACCAGCCGCUGAUGGUGGAUAUUACUUAGUCGGAAUCUCAAAGUCAGCUAAUGUUAAAUUAGAUGACGUGUUUAGUGAUAUAAACUGGGGUACAGAAACAGUGUUCAGGGAACAGUCAGAAAGAGCGAAAUAUCUAGGAAUAUCAUUAGGCAUAUUAGACACACGUUUAAAUGAUGUGGACGUUGCUGCAGACCUUGAGGUACUCGAAAAUGAGUUACAAGUAACCAGAGAACAACUUGCUCAUCCAAAAAUCAGUAUUAUAAUUCCUGUAUACAAUGAAGCAGAUAAUAUUUUAUCAACACUGGAGACAGUUUUAAAGAAGUGCUCCAGAACAAAGGCCAUAGAAGAAAUUAUAGUAAGUGAUGGUGGAAGUACGGAUGAUACAGUUUCUGUUGUUGAAAAGUUCGCUAAAACAAAAGACGUAGCUAUAAAAGUGGUUAAAAGUUCUCCAGGAAGAGGAUUUCAGCAAAAGUAUGGAUCAGAACAAGCAAAGGGAGAUAUAUUUAUGUUUCUUCAUGCUGACACAGAAGCACCAGAUAAGUUUGACCAUGCAAUAGUCAAAUGCUUGCAGAAACCUGGAAAUGUAGGAGGAUGUUUCAGAUUAGGCUUUGAUGUAGUAGAAGCCCCUGAAAGGGAACAAAAAUGCAGUAAAAUUUUCAAAAUGAAAAUGAAUUUUUUACAAUGGAUAACAAAUAACAUAAGAGUGAAGUAUCUAGAACGUCCGUAUGGUGAUCAAAUCUUGUUUGUCACAAGGGAGAAUUAUUUCAAAGCUGGUGGUUUUAAAGAAGUUUAUUUGAUGGAGGAUUACAUGAUGGUUGAGGACCUAAACAAAUUUGGGCACAUAUGUGUUGCUGAUGCUGAUCCUGUUAUAACAUCUUCACGACGUUGGAAAAAACUGGGACUUAUAAGGACUACUGGAAUGACCAAUUUAAUAGUUCUCGCAUACAAGCUUGGUGUUCCACCUAACAAACUAGCUGAAUGGUAUUAUGGAGAUAAAUUGAAAGAGAUACAGAAAAGGGCAAAGCAAACAUAACUCAAUAUUCACAGUAAUCCCGGUUGUGUGUUAUAAAUUGUAUAUACUAGUAAUUUAAAAAUGCUGCUUUAAACAUAAAAAGUGAUAUUUCGAAUGGAUGCAUACUUUCAGUGAUAGUUCAUUAAUUAUAUAUAAGCUGAUGUUCAUUGACA